CGAAAAUAAAUGUUUUCGCAAAAUGUUUGAAGGAUGUUUUCCGGCGCUGGCAGCUGGUAUACCAGAAAUUGGAGUAAAGGGUUUUGAACCGUUACACAUCGAUCAGGUGUCUGUACAAAAAGGCAGUGGCAAUUUAAUAUUAGCCGGUGGUUUUCAAAAUCUAAUCGUAAGUGGGCCAUCAAAUGCCACCGUGAAACGAGCAGUUCUAGAUCUGGAGAAGAAAAUCCUUAAUUUUGAAUUGGAAAUACCAAUAUUGCGGAUCAAAGCCAAAUAUAAUCUCAAUGGUCACAUCUUGGUAUUGCCACUUAUCGGUAAUGGUGAUGUAAAUAUGGCCUUAAAAGAUGUUAAGACUGCGGUUUAUACUCGCAUCAGUUUGAGAAAUUCACCAGAAGAAAUCAUACAUAUUGAUGAUAUGAAAGUCACUUUUAAUGUGGGCUUUAUGCGCAUUCACCUAAAGAAUCUUUUCAAUGGCAAUGAAAUUUUGGCCGCAUCCAUUAACGGGUUUCUUAAUCAGAACGGUAAUGAGGUUAUAAACGAAUUGAGACCAGAUUUGGAAAAGGGUUUGGCCGAUAUAUUCCAUGGCUUAUGGAAUAAUGUAUUCUCGAAAUUGCCAUUGAAAAUGUGGUUAGUUUAAUUGAAUUGUUAAUGUUAUACAUAUGUAUUUUGUAUUUAAUAUUUUGUUGUAUUUAUUUUAGUUUUAUAAAUUUGUUUAUAUAGAAUAGAUUAACAGCCUGUUUAUAGAACAAGAUCGGGUAAGCCGAACGAAUAUUGUACAUGUGUACAUGUACUCAAUCUUGUUCUAUAAAUAGGCUGCAAAUUUGAAAUAAAAUUGUUUUUAAUAAUUGUUAAAAUAAAAAUGAGAAAA